AUCGCUGGUCUACGUUACUUUAUUCGAAACUGAUGAGACGAAGUCCCAUCGCAUCGUGUUGUGGAAAGAAUAUGCCAACAUGCUAUACUCUCGACAACGAUUCAGUUGGCCCCUUUCUCAUUUCCAGUAAAGAGGUCGAUGCUGUGAACGUCACCAAUUGUUGUUUAUAUAUUUAGACAAUAUCAUCCAUCGCCUACCUGUGCAUAAAUGGUCUGAUUUGUUUGGAUAAACAACAUCUGCAGAUCUUGGCCAAGCUUCUGUCAAAAAUCUCAAAUUGACGGACACUGACUUAUCAAAAGCUUGACUCACAAACCAUUGCUGGAACGGACGGAUGCCAAGGAUUCCGUGGUAUAUCGCUCGUAUCUUGCAAUUCGCUCAGAUGGAGAGUUUGUUUAUGAAACGCCGCCUGUGUGCUGUUGUAUCGAAAAGCUAAUGGUGGGUGGACUCGGCAAUAACCUAGCCGGUAUCUUCGGAGCUUUCCAUGGGCUGAAUUUUGGUGAAUCCUGAUUGCUUGAUGCGAAUAUGCGAUAAAGUCCAGCGCCCAUUCGUCCUCGGUAUUGGCGACGGCGUUAACGACAUGCGGCCGUCUACUAUCAAUAUACUUAGUACUGCGCCUCUUUCAUCUAGCACAUUUGCUGACACUGGUACCAUCACGGGCCACAGACAGCCAACGGAUGUCAUAACUAUAGAAUUUGUGAAACGAAACAUUGAGAUGGAGCUAAUAGAAUGCUUGGAGAAAUUGAAGAGUAGCGCGCGGUACUUUCAAACACAAGGUAUUCCAAUUUACUUUCCAUAUCAUUAGGAUCAACUAUCAUUCUCUUCUGGCUUAGAAACCAGCAUCCAGCGAUCCUGCCAACCAUCAAAGCGUUCCCUUAAUCCUCGUGCUCCCGAAAAGAGUUCCGAAUGAUUGGCGCAAGGUUUUAAACGCUCGGAUUUCAGGGGUUUCAUCGACCAAACGAAAAGCUUAACCAAUUAACCUUAGCGAGUUAGCUUUACCCCAAAUCUCGACAUAUUGUAUCCAUGUCUCAAAUAUUUUUUCAACCGUAGAUGAACCAUGGAGUAACAUGUCAUGAUACUAUUGGAUACCAGCAGGAAGAAAUUCAAGUGUUCUUUUAAUUUGCAUCAACAUUGGCACGAAAUGAAUAUGAUUGCCUGCAGCGAAUUGGUGAUACGUAUCGCCGAUAUUUCGAUCCUGGCUAGUAGUCAACCUUAUUUCUAUCACUCCCAAUCUAUUUGAUAUGGUGAUCAAUUUCAGAAGAAUCAAGGCUAGGAGGUCGUAGCAACCAAAGGAUGAAACAAGCAGAAUCUGCAAAAAAAAUCGAAGUAAUUCCCAUACUAUCUACCUCCACCGAAUUGAAACAGCCUUGCUAUAUUGAUUCUGAUGUACCGGUCCCGAUCGUCUUUGCUAAUCAAAAAAGAAGUGGUGAGAACGGCCAUGGCUUUCGGGCCACAAUCAAAGUGUUUGAAUUGCGUACAACUUCAACCCACUAUUUCCAACGCUUGUACCUGCAGAUAUGCCAACGAUUUGCUGGAUAAAGGAUGGCGCAGCAAUUUCCUGCAGAGGAUAUGCACCUUCAAAAGCUUUGUGGAACGGUAGGGUAAUGUUUGUCAAGGCUACCUAAUCCACUAUCCAAAUUUGAUCUUUAUAGAGUGAAUCCUUGGGAUGGCACGAUCGAUCCACAGUCUAUGAUUCAUAAACCUUGGUUUCCUCCCCUCUUCAAAAAAACUCAGUUACUUAUCUACUACCUUCGUUCUUCAGAAUCAUAAUCCUUCACAUAAUUUCUUCAAUACUCUCUUGAGUAGUGGAACACUUUCGCUUUGGACACCAUUCACAUCUAACGUCACUUCCCUCUUAAUUUCAACACUUUCCAUUAAGAAAGUUUCCAGGUCAUUUAAAAGUUUUACAUAUACUCAAAUCCCUACUCGCCAUCAAGAUGCAAUCAAAAAUGAUUUCAUCAGUUCUUGUAACUGCACUCCUCAGUCUUGCGCAAGCGCAAACAACAACCUUCCCAAUAACCGGUACCUUGGGCAACGCGACCAUUCCUGAAAACAAUCCAGUCGGUCCAAUCUACGUCGCAACACUUCCAGACAUGGAGUUUUUUAACCCUGAUGACCCACGCGGUAACAUCAAGGGAUCUGUCUCCGCAACUGCCAACCCUGAUGGCAUCGGUGUUCAAUUCCAAGUCCAAUUCUCUAACCUCCCCACCAGUGGUGGACCAUUCGUCUAUCAUCUCCACGCCCAUCCCGUUCCAUCAGACGGAAACUGCACCGGUACCCUCGGCCAUCUCGACCCUUUUCUCCGCGGCGAAACUCCCGCUUGCAACUCCUCCCUCCCCCAAACCUGUCAAGUGGGCGAUCUCUCAGGCAAACACGGCAAAGUCACUUCAGAUCCCUUUCAAGCCUCUUACGUCGACGAGUUUGCUUCAACACUCGAGGGCUUGGGUAGUUUCUUCGGUAAUCGCUCAUUGACUGUUCAUUUCGGAAACACUACGCGAAUCACCUGUGCAAACUUUACCUUGUUGGAUGGUGUUGUAGGAGGUGAUUACGAAGGAAGUGCGAACAGCACAAGAGAUGGAGCAAAUGGAACUGCUACCAGCACUGGAGGACCUGCACAAUUCACCGGCGCGGCUGGAAAGAUCAGUGUUCAGAGCAGUUUGAUAGCUAUCAUGGGUGCUGUUUUGGUGUUCGCGCUCUGAGCAGAUGAUAUCCACAUUGAUAUUUCAAAACAAAAAUGAUGACGAUAAUAUGGGGGAAAAGAGAGACGUGGAGUUUUUGGCGUUCAAGAUAUCCAUCAUACCCGGCACAAGGCCUGCUUAAUAACUGCAAUAAUGGAAGAAAUGGUUAUUUUACAGAGGUAAUUGCGAACUGGAGUGGUUAGAUAAUAGAGAGAUAGCUGCCUGCUAAUUAGGUGGUGAUGUGUGUAUAAUUCAUAAACGUAUUGGCUUUGAUGUAUCUGGUAUCCUGCGCUUGAGAAUGCAAACAUUUUGAGAGAAAAUUUGGAGGUAUGGAUACUUGUCGUAUGUCGGAGUAGAUUGUAUCUACAAAACUACAUCUUCCGCAUGCCCAGGUGCCAUUCGAGUCUUCGAGAUUUUUCAAAUACUCUUCU